AUGUCCUCCACGUUUCCUAACUUCUCAUCUGAAGAAGGGGGCAGAUCAUUUCUCAAGGAUGUUAGUGAUUCAAUUGUAGAGACCACAUCGACAUUUUCGCCGACAUUGACUGGUGGUACAGCGGGUGGAGAUAGCUUCGCCGGUUCAGAGCAGGAAGGAAAUGGACAAGAUGACACCAGUCCAGAGUGGGAAGGGACAGGGGAUGGUGGCGCGGGUCCGGAGGGGGAGGAGAUUGGGGAAGAUGGUGCGGGUCCGGAGGGCGAAGGGAGUUGGAAUGAAGGAUCGGGUGUGGAGGGGGAAGGGGGUGGGGAUAGUGGCUUGGUUGCGGAGGAGCGAGGGAGUGGGGAUGGCGCGGCAGGUGCAGAUGGGGAAGCGGGUGGGGAUUGCUUGGCUGGUUCGGAGAGGGAAGGGCGUGGGGAUGGUGAUGUGGGUCAGUCAGACGAAGUCGGUCCAUUCCUAUGA